CCUCCUGUCUUUCUCCUCUUCCUUCUUCCCGUUGUCAGUCUUCGCUGGAGGAGCACGCGCUGAAGGCACCGGCCUAAAUCCCACACCGACCAGACGGCAAACAAAGCAAAAAAUGACUUCAGUAGACUUUCUGGCCAAGGAGAAGAUCUGGUUUGACAAACCUCGCUAUGAUGAGGCAGAGAGACGCUUCUAUGAGCAAAAGAACGGUGGUGCUGCACAGACGACGCAGGAUGUCGGUGCAAACGCCAUUCUCCAAGACAUUGCUCGGGCCAGAGAAAACAUCCAGAAAUCUUUAGCGGGGCUGAAGACUACACUGUGUAGCAGAGGGUCAGCCCAGUCCUCCUUGAACCAUCAGUCCCUGCUUAACGCCGCCAGCAACAACCCAGCCGAUCAAGGAGAACUCAUUUCUCGCAUCAAGAGCCUGGAGCUGGAGAACCGCAGUUUACACAAAGUGGUGGAUGACCUGCGGGCGGCGCUCUCCAGGCUGGAGUGUCGAGUUGCCGUUCUGGAAAAACCUCCUGCAUCCGUGACUGCGGCGCCGUUGCGGACCUGCACAAAUGGCUCUGCUGUGCAGCAGAAGAACAGCUGUCCUGUUAAAGAGGACGACGAGGACGACGACGACAUAGACCUGUUUGGUAGUGAUGAGGACGAAGAGGCGGAUAAACUCAAAGAACAGAGACUGAAAGAGUACGCAGAGAAGAAAGCCAAGAAGCCUGCUCUCAUCGCAAAGUCCUCAAUCUUACUGGAUGUUAAACCUUGGGACGAUGAAACGGACAUGGCCAAGCUGGAGGAGUGCGUGCGCUCGGUUCAGGCCGACGGCCUGUUAUGGGGAGCGUCCAAACUGGUUCCUGUGGGUUACGGUAUCAAGAAGCUGCAGAUCUCGUGCGUGGUGGAGGACGACAAAGUGGGAACUGACCUGCUGGAAGAAGAGAUCACCAAGUUUGAAGACUUUGUUCAGAGUGUUGAUGUAGCAGCUUUCAACAAGAUCUGAUCUGUGGACGUCCGUCUCGUUCCUCUGCUGAAUGUGUUGACGGUUUAAUAAAACAUUCUUGCACUGAA